AUGCUCAGAUCUCUCCUGACCGCAUCUACCUCCACCGCACAACCAGGCUCCCCGAACCCCAACAACUCGCCAUCCCUCUCACGUGCAAACUCCAACAGCAGUGCUUACGCUGAAUCCAACCUAUCGCGCCCGGCAUCAGCGCAGGCCUCUAGGGAUGUACAGACCAUGCAGGAGGUGAUGCACGCGGACGUCGACGAGCUCAAGUUCAGUAUGGAAGUCGACCAGAGGAUAGAGAUUUUAACACGCAUACGAGACACUCUGCGCGUCCAAGCCAAGACCGCAGACUCCUUCCGCGCGUUCGAUGGCUUCCUCACACUCGUGCACGUCCUCUCGACGCUCCCCGCUAUCGCCUCUGUUUCUAUCUCCAAGAGUGACCCCGGGUCCGAUUCUGGUGCCGCUGUACGCGCGUGCAUGCGCGCAGCGUUCGAGGUCGCUGGCGAGGCGCUGUGGGAGAACGGGGCGAACCGCCAGUUCUUCGAGCAAAGCGUGGGCUAUGCCUCGCUCGGCGCUGCGCUCGAUCCGCUCGUUGCGGACGCACAUACGUGUGCCGACGUGCUCGGACUGCUUCUGACUGUCGCUUGUCGCGACUUCGCGCUCGUCGACUUCUUUAUCGCACUGCCCCCGAGCUUAAGCAUCGACGACCUCGAAGCCCACUUCGACCGAUACGCACCUCGUUUAUCGUCGGCACGGAUCGUCCUCCCGGGUUUCCUCGGAGUUCUCUGGUCGUUCUUGCGCCCGCGCAUGGAAUCAACGAAUGAAGACGCGGGAUCGCUGCGCUACUUGACAUACAGAAUGCUCGAUAGCGUCACCGCCGCAUCGCAUGCAAACGCGUGCGCCGUCACACGCUUCGAGCCUGACAUGCCGUCGUACUUCCUCGCUGCAUUCAGACGCAAGCUCCACGAAUCUCGGGCCGACUCCGCUGUUGCCUUAUCUUCGCCCGUCGACGUCUCAGAAGACAAACCCAAAGACAAGGACAAGGACAGGGACAUGGAACGCCGCGCGCUCCAGCGGCUCGUCCGACGCACGUUUGAACUCGGCGCUACGACCGAAGACGCUCGCGCAUUGCUCGAGAGCAUCGUCCGCGCGGACUCUGAAUCUACAAAUCCGAGUCUCGACGGGGACAUGCUCGACGCCGCACGGGCGGUCUCCCGUGCGCGCUGGCCGGCGCAUGUGCUCCUCGGUCGCGGGGCGGCGAUUUGCACGCGCGAGGGGGAGAUCGGGCAGGGCCAGGGGAGGGCGCGGGGGCUGCCCGCGACGGGGUUUUCUGUUAUGCUUUGGGCCAACAUCGACGCGCUCCCGCCGUCUACGCCCCCCGGGAGAACGAGCAAACUGUUCCGCGUGCGCACCGCCUCUGGCCCUGUGUUUGAGUUGUCUGUCGAUGCGGGCGGGGGGCUAGGGUUGAGGAGCAGUACGCAUCCUGCGCACAAGGCUUUAAACUCGAAUGCAAAUGGGAGGGCGGUGGUGGGCAGGGGGCGGUGGACGCAUGUAGCGGUUGUGCAUUAUCCGAGUAGGGCGAGCUGCCCGUCUGUGCGCGUGUUCAUCGACGGUGUGCUCGCUGACUCUGUGCAGUGGGCGUAUCCGAAGGGCGCGGUCCGCGCUGAAGGGGUCGUGUACGAGCUCGGUGACGCCUCUUCUUCGCCUUCCGGAGGCGGCGGUGGUGGAGGCGGGAUGAGCUGGAGCAUCGCAUCGGCGUACCUGUUCUCGCAUCCACUUCCGGACGAUAUCAUCCGUUUCGCGCACCAUCUCGGCCCGCGCUACACGGGCACAUUCCAGGACGGCGCAUUGGCCAGGUUCUUGACGUACGACGCGUCGACCGCGCUCGGGAUGCACCUCCUCGGCGGGCCGUCGGCGUCUUCACCGUCCUCUUCCUCCAUUUCUGCUUCCGUCUCUGCUUCCUCAACUAUUGCUGGUGCCGCAGCCGGAUCUGGGGGAGGGGGUGGAAUGUCGGGAUCGGUAGCGCUGGGAGAUAGCUCGGCGGCACUGAGGCAGGUGCUGAAGGAUGGUGUGCCGUUUGGCGAGGACAGCAUUGUGUGGCGGUUUGUGCCUGCGGAUCUCGAGACGUCACCAUCGUUAUCGGACUCCGGCGAGCUGGAUCGGGAUGGGGGCAGGAGACACCCAGAGGAUCAGGGUACGAGUACGAGUAGGAUGCGGCUGCGUGCCCAGUUCGAGUCGAGCGGGAGCGGCGAGGUGGUGGUGAUGCGCUGCGAAGCGAUGGACGCGGCUGUGUGGAAGCUGGGGGGCGCGGGGGUGUUGGUUAGGCUUGUUGUGCUUGCGCAGACAGCGCACGAGCUCUCCCGUGCGGUGGGCGUUCUCGUGGACUGUGUGCGGAACUGCUGGAAGAACUCGGAGGAUAUGGAGCGGUUGAAUGGAUACGACGUUCUCGCCGCUACGCUCCGGUCCAAAGCAGACCUCAUCAACAUGACGACGUUCGAGAUGCUCUUCGAGUUCAUGGGGCUCAACUUCCGCUCGCCCGACCAAUCCACCAUAAUCAACGCGGCCGCAUACCGUGCCAUUGCGCUCGACUUCUCGCUCUGGUCGCGUGCGCGACCUGAGAUUGCGCGCGUACACCUCGAGCAUCUUACCUUCCUGCUGCGCGCUUCCAGGUUUAGAAGGUUCAACGCGCGUGUGCGGCUUGUGAGGUUGGGCGCCCUCUGGAAGUUGCUGUUUGCGCUGCAAGCGGGGUGGUAUGGUGGUAGUGGCGAGGAAGGUGCUGGGGAGGCGGCAGACGAAGGAAACGGGAAUCAAAGUGGAGGCGAGAGGAUGAAUAUGAUGCCGUACGUGGUUGGGGCACUUGCAGCACUCGUGCAGGCGCCUGUGGGGCCAGAGGAUACGGUUAAGCCCGUGGUGUCUUAUCUGGCUGCUACACUCGACCCCCGCUCGGAGAUGCGCAGCACCGGCUCCCCCGCCGUGCUCGAGGACCUCGUCUCGACGCUCCGUAUACCUGCGUAUUACGCGCGCUUCGCCGAGGCGCUGCCGCUACCGCGCGUGUGCCUGCUCCUGCUCGGCGAGCAUCCAAUGCCCGUCGUCGCGAUGCAGGUGCUCAACAUGGUCGGGUUGGGCUAUGCGAACUCGAGCUCGUUCCAUAGGCGGUUUGAGCUCGCGAGUGGGUGGACAAUUCUGCGGAGUGUGUUGCCUGGGUGCUGGGAGGAAGGGGUGCAGGCUGCGGCGUUUGAUCUGUUGCUUGGAGUCACGGGCGGUGGAGCGGAGGCGCAUAGUGAUGGGCAAGGUCAUAGGCAUCGUGGGGGGCAUGGUGUAAAGGGGGCAGCGAGGCAGGAGGAGAAGGUGGUUGCGUGUCCGCAGAUUGCGGGGGUGAUGCUCGCUGUCCUUCACCGAGGGCUAUUUGAGAUGAGGAGUGUGGGGCAGGGGUGUGACGCUGGUCCAAGCCAGGAGAACACUGCGAGUCUCAUCGACGCGCUGACAGCGCUUUUCGGCGAGUCUACCUCGUUCCGCCAGCUCUUCAGGAUGCAGAGCAUCACCCAGAUACUCGUCGACUGUCUGCGCAUCCAUGUCGAGCCCGGAGCGGAGUUCAGCCAGAGAGUCGACGAAGCGACGUGGUCGAAGUUCACCGGGUUCUGCGCACUUGUGGGCGCCGAGAAGGCUGUGCAUGGGUCGCAGCGAAAUGAGAUCCAAGCUUUGCUGGGCGAUGACAGCCCGCAGAAACGGUACGCGCUGCAGAACCAGGUGCAUGCGGGAAUGUAUACGACACUCAGCCUCGUGCGCGAGGGUGCGGUUUCGCAGGCGUUUUCGCGCCUCGCCGAGUGGCGGGCUCUGGUGGUGCUGACGGAGCGGAAACGGAAUCGCAAGACGGUGCUCGACAUGCGGGAGCACCAGAAGCAGGUCGUGAUGUACACGGAGCAGAUUAUGUCGUCCGUAACGGACCGGAGCUUGUGGAAGGAUUUACGAACGGAAAGAGUGUGGAGACUGGAUGAGACGGAGGGGCCAUUUCGAAUUAGGAAGAAGGUUGAACCUUUCCAUCCGCCAUCCAACGGAAAUUCGACUGCUGGAAACUCGCUCGAUGGUAUUCCGCCGACGGAAAGUGCGCCCUCAGUGCAGGUAGAAAGACGAGAGGCCAGUGCUGCCGCUGAAGAGGAGGGCGAAGGCAAUCUUGCAGAGGAAGUGCACGAAGACAAGCUUCGCAAGGUGCGGCACGAGCUGGAGCCAGGCGACAUAAUCGAGGCUGUCAGCACGGUUGCGCGAAUCUCUGGUGUUGAUGCAUUCCCUGGUCUCCUGAUUAUCGGCCAGACGCACCUCUACGUUCUUGAUGGACUUGUUGAACAAGACGAUGGCGAAGUUAUAGAUGCCGCGGAUGCGCCGAAGAGCUUGUUCUUUGUUGCAGGAAGCAAGCUUGAGGCUCGUGUACCGCAGAAAGCCCAGCGGUGGAUUCUACACAAACUGACAGCCUUCGCAGAACGCACCUUCCUCUUCCGUGAUGUCGGCCUGGAGCUUUUCUUCCAAGACCACCGCUCACUGCUUGUCGUCUUCCCAACCAAGUUGAAACGACUCGACGUGAACAACCGUCUGACGACCGUCAUGUCGCGCCUCGGCACGACGCAACACAUUGGGCUCGGUAGUGCGCUCGACCGAACUGCGCUGCUUGGCCUCGUUGCGGGCAAGUCGCGUGCUGAGAUGAACAUGCGUGCGAAGGAGCUCGCGCAUGCGCAGAGGCAGUGGCAGAAUCGGGAGAUCAGCAAUUUUGCGUAUUUGAGUAUUCUCAAUCAGCUUUCGGGGCGGACGCCGAGUGAUGCGACGCAGUAUCCUGUCUUUCCAUGGGUGCUCAAGGAUUAUACGUCGGAAAGCUUAGACCUUUCUUCGCCUGAAAGUUAUCGAGAUCUGACCAAGCCUAUGGGAGCUCUAACGGAGGAUAGGAGGGCGGCAGCCGAAGCUCGCUAUACAAGCUUGGAAAGUGUAGGCGAGCCGCCGUUCCAUUACGGAACGCACUUUAGCUCCUCAAUGACUGUCUGCCACUUCUUGAUCCGUAUGGCGCCGUACACCGAGAUGUUUAAGACGCUGCAGGGGGGUGAAUGGGACUUGCCCGAUAGGCUCUUCGGUGACUUGGGCAAAGCGUGGACGUCAGCCUCGCGAGAUGUUCGCGGUGAUGUACGGGAGCUCAUUCCCGAGUUUUUCACCUGUCCCGAGUUCCUCGAGAACUCAUCCAACCACGACUUCGGUGUUCUUCAGAGCACAGGCGAGCGGAUAAACGACGUGAAACUGCCACCGUGGGCAAAAGGCGAUGCUACGUUGUUUAUUGCGCUUCACCGACAGGCGUUAGAGAGCCACCACGUCAGCGAACACUUGCACGAGUGGAUAGAUCUGAUCUGGGGUCACAAGCAGAGAGAUGUUGCGAGCUAUAAUGUCUUCCACCCGCUUAGCUACGAGGGAUCAAUCGACAUCGAUGCAAUCACUGAUGAGUUGGAGCGAGAAGCAACAGUGGGGAUCAUCCAUAAUUUCGGCCAGACACCGCGAAAGCUAUUUACCACCCCGCAUCCAUCUCGCAAUCUACAGGGGCUUCUGACGCUCCCAUUCGGCGUCGAACGUGGCGUACCCGAAGACGCGAUACGGUAUCAGUGUAAAGGAGAGUGUGCAGACUCAAUUGGGUCACUGGUAGAGAGCUUGACUUUUGAUAGUCGAAAUGGCAAGGUCGUUCCGCUUCCUCAAGGCGUUGUAUGUAUCCCGGGAAGGCCGGAUGAGCGAGUAGAGUGGGACGAGGGCGACAACGAUCGCGCAGGAGCGCUGAGAGUGCGUGUCGCUGGCAAGGUCGUACAGACUCUCGAACAAAUAUAUCCAACCUGCGCUGCCUUCGCAGACGCAGAGACACUGCUCGUCGGCACAUCGGAGCAUCUCGUCCGCUCAUAUGCCCUCUCCCCACCUCUGCAUACGUCCGGCGACCCAAGGGGCUCGGUGGUUACGGGCCAGGACGGCGCCUCGGGAUCCGGCAGCAGCAUCCUAGGUGGUGGACCGGGAUCGCCGCUCUUCGCACACCACCAUCACGCAUCGGCGCGCAUAGGGCUAAGCAUACGAGAGACGCAUAUGCUCAGAGCGCAUGAAGCGCCUGUUACGUGCGUUACUGCUAGCGGGGCGUGGGGUGUGGGUGUCAGCGGAGGGAGAGAAGGUGCCGCGGUCGUGUGGAGAUUGGGUGCGGGAGGUGCGUCGCGCGUCGCGGGCAUCAUAGGUGGAGGGAGGGGUGUCGUUGGUGAGAGCACGGGCAGCGGUGGGAGUGGGAGUGGAGGUGGAGAGGCAUAUGUGGCCACGAUAUGGCAUAGCGAGAGUGGAUCUGAUGAAGGAGUGGUAGGAAACGGUAACAGCGUCACCUGUGUGGCUAUCAACGAGAGCAACGGAUUUAUCGCUUCCUGUUCCCGACGCUACCUUUGUCUACAUACCAUCAACGCUCGUCCCAUCGCUCGCCUUUCCCUCUCUCCAUCUCCAUCCAUGGCGUCUCCGAUGGCAUCGUACGGGGAGAUCACAGCACUCGCUUUCCACGUGCGCGAAUACUCUCGCGUUGGUAUCCUUGCCCUCGGCGGCAGGGGCUGCGUGCGGCUCGUUACCUGGGAGCGCGGCGGCUGUGUUUCUACCGCUGACGAGUAUGAGUGUGUGACUCGGCCCGACUCAUGGGAGUUCGUCGAGGUCGCGACGUUCAAGGAGAGCUCAGAGGGCGAUGCGCCAUGGAUGAAGAAACUUCGCACAUUGCCAGGGUCGAAGGAGCGACCAGCGCGAGUUACUGCGCUAUCAUUUAGGGGGGAGACGUUGGUUGUCGGUGAUGAGCGCGGGACGUGUGUUGAAUGGGCCUAGAGCUAGAAAGGGAGUUUUAGCCACCCACUUCAUCGAGGUUACGAAAC